CAUCUCUCAGUAACAAAGGCAUGUCCAAUCUUGUUGGUUCCGUAGCCACUGAAUACGUAAAAACGAAUUGUCAGAAGAAUGACAACAACAAAUUAUUUAGAUUUGGAUAUCAAUAAGUUAUUUGAAGAGCAUACAAUAAGGGAAAUCGAGGAAAUUCAAAAGAAGAUUCAAUAUGAAAGUGACAGAAAAAAAAUUGAACUUAGGACAUUAGUAGGAGAAAGAUACCGUGACCUUAUAUUAGCUGCAGAUACAAUUGGGAAAAUGAAAUUAACUUCAGAACGUCUUAUUUCAAGAAUUAUUAACAUUGAAAACAAAUUUGGAGAAUUACAGAAAAAGUAUCUUAUUGGGUUUAAGCUAGAUCCUAUAGACAGUACAGAUGGCAGGCAUAAUGAAAGAACCGAAGAUUCAGUUAUUAUGAAAAUAAAAAUUUUGAUGGACAUACCUGAAUACAUUUGGUCUAACAUUGAAAACAAGAACUUGAUAUUUGCAUCACAGUUGUAUAUAAUAGGACGAUUUAUAUAUCAUGAUUUAUUAUUCGAAAAGGGAAAUCAUGAUUUAGAAAAUAAAUAUCUAAUUGCAUCUAAACAGUGGGAUGUAAUUAAAAGAUUCGAAACUAUUAUACUUAAUGAAUGCAACAAUGUAUUGCAGUCAUUGACUGUACAAGCAGAGAGUAUAGCCAAUUCUUUAGCAGCGCUUGUGUUAUUAUUAAGAAAAACAUUCCCACAGCUGUUGGAAAAAUUAAUAUCUAUGCGCAAAUAUACGAUUCAGACCAUUGUUACAGAUGAAAAUGAUAAUAGUGUUAAAAACAAGAUAAAACUAUGUAUUGAAAUAUUAAUUCAAACGAUCAGUUUAAUAUAUUCAUGUUUUAUAAAUACACCUGAAAAAUCAGAAGGUCUUAUUUUACAAUACAUAACAGAAAUUCAAGAUCAAAACUUAUAUUCAUUACUUACUCAAUUAAAUUUUGAUCAAGAAUUAUUAAAGGAAUUUCUCCCUUCGAUGAUAAAAGACUAUAACCCCUUUGAUAAAGCAAAUAGUAAAUUGAAAGAACUGGAUACAGACAAAAAUUUUCGUAUAUCACAUAUUCAAAAAAGUAUUCAAUCCUGGCUUGAAUGGGUUGCUGAAUUUUGCAAUAAGGAAGUUACAAAACUUCUGGAACUAGUGAUAUCUAUAAAAGGCUUAUACUAUGUUCGAGAAGAAGCUGUUAGUAUUAAUCUACCUGAAAACUGGAAUUCAAUAUGGGCAGAGCUUUCUCUGCCAAGGAUAACAUUCUGGGUAGAAUUUUUUCAACCUUUAAUAUCAAAUAGAGUAAAAAGUAUUAUAAACGACAAGUGGAUAGAAAGUAUAACUGUCUUAAAAUCGGACAUAGCUGAGUUACUUAACAAAGUGAUCAAUGAGAAAUUUGAUUAUCCCGAACACGAUUUACGAUGGUUCGUUUGGAAAGAUUCUCCCAGCGACAUUCCACAAAAACUUACCAAGAAUGGCGGACUAGAUAACAAGAGAUCAUUGUUAAUGAAAACUAAAGGAUAUUCACCAAACAUCCUUAAACUGUGUGAAAGCUUAGAUAUAAGUUUACAAGCUUUGCUUUCAGACCUGGAACAAUAUUUGUACGAGACCGAACGUGUAAGGUCUAUAAAAGACAAUCUGUUAUCUACAAACAUAUAUUUAAUUUCUGAUACGUAUUCUGAUCGUGCAGAGAUCCAGGAGCACUUACAAACCGUUAGCAGUAAUAUGAUCGAGGAUUUUAUGGAUUUUGUGAGAAGUACAUGUGUUAACGAUAAACCCGAGUAUGGUCAACGUGAUAUAAACACCGUCGUGAUGGCGAGGUUUCUCUUGGCAUUAACCUCGUUGAGCUCUAAUUUAAAUAAAUGUUUCACCCUUUCAAAGGUAUCCGGAUUAACUAUUACGAAUACCAAGUGGCAAUCUAUUUGCGAUAAAUUGAAAGAAGAGAGUACUUCUAUGUGGUCAGUUUGGGCUAGAAUGUACAAAAAUAAAAUAACCGAACACAGGGAGAAGUUUAUAUCAAAAGAACCUCUUUGUGGAUUUCCGAUUCACUUAGUUGUCUCUGAAUGGGAAAAAAUAACUAUCGAAGAAGAUUCUGGAGAGGGUAAAAGAAUAAAAUCAGAGAUCUUAGUACCUUAUCAGCCGUCCAUACAAUUACAAAAAUUUUUGACCGCCAUUAAUAAGGAUUUGAACAAGAUAAUACCGCAUACUCUUCCAAAGAGAAUUUUACAUGAAAUUAUAGAGGAUGUCGCAAUGGAAUUACUGAACUGCUAUGCAACUGCAUUGGAUAACGUUAAUCUUUCACAAAAGCAAGCCUUUCAAGUUUUAUUUGAUAUCAAAUAUUCCACUUUGCUCAUGGCACCGCGUGAAAAUAAAACACUUUCCGAUUUGUCGACAAAGGCUUGCGAUAGUGUCGUGUCGAAAAUUGAUCCAUUCGAUUAUGAUGUUUUCAAUCCUUUUAUUUAUACCAAUGUAAAGAAAAGUGUUCAAAGAUCUCUUCUUAUACUAGGUAACUUAGUACCUCACUUAGAACAGCUACAUUCAAUUUUGGGUUCACGAAGCGAAUACAGUAACACCGAAGGUGCGAAAUCAGAUUUACCUUCCGUGUUAGCAUUGUGCACAGGUGCACCCUGGUUUCCACCAUUGACAGUAACAGCUCCGACUAGAAAUUUACCUCUCGUAGCGAUUACAUUACCAGAAAAACCGCAGCGGAAGAAAAUGUCAAAUAAGGAAAACACAAAAAGUGAUACAACGGGAUCGUCAAUCAAGUCUGGAGCAGCGGCAUUUUUCGGGGCAAUGGGCUCUGAUUGGUUUAGCAGCAGUUAACUUAUUUAUUUAAUUAUAAAAAUCGUAAAUUUGUAUUAUUGAAUGUAUAUAUACUGAGUACAUUUAAUGUAAAUAACGUAUCAUUGAAAUAAUGCCUUUUUGACAAUGCUGUCAGUAUUGAAUAAAAUAUUUUAUACAGUCUUUAAA